UGGAUAGUAAAUGUGAAGCCAGAGCAAGCUGGCAGUCGUAGCAUUGUUCUUCCGAAGAGGUGCCUGUUGAAUGCCGCUCAUCUCUGUCCAGUAGAAGCGUUCUUGUCGAUCGAGUUUCUGGGAGAAGAUCUGUUGAUGCAAUCAUCAAUUAUGGAAUUCAUUUCGGAUGAUAAGGCUGAAGCCUAUAGCAUGUGGGAACGAAUAAUUUUAGCCCAUCAGCUUGGAACAGCGCCAGAACUGAAUUUCGACACUGCGUAG